UUGGAGCUCUGGAGUGAGCAGGGUGGGAGAGGAGAGGGUCUUAGGUGAGCAGGCAGGGCUGGGGCAGGGUGCUGUGUGGGAACAUGGCGGAGGCCAACAGGCAUGCAGAUCUGCGGUUUGUGAAGGCUCGUCUGAGGAAGAAUGUCUCCGACUUGGGGCAGGAUACUGAUGAAAAUGGGGAGCUCAGCUACAACGACAUGCAGGUGCACUCAUCCCCAGAGGCUCCCUCAGGCCUGGUGCAGUCCCCCAUACCAGAAGUCCAAGCAGACUCUCAGUGUUCUCCCUCCCUCUGUGAAGGUCAUGGCCACUCUGGCUGUUUAAAGUGCUUCCUGCUGGGCUUGCUCCUGACAUGCCUUCUGGUGAGAGUGGCUGCAAUCUGCUUGGGCAUGCAAUAUCUGCAGUUGUUUCAGCUUUUUGGACAGCUGAACAGGAUGCUGAAAGCCCCCAACAGCAGCCUUCAGGAGCAGCUCCACCUUAGAACUGUUCAGCUGGGGCAGAUGGAAAAGGACCUGCAAGACUCCAAGAAAGAAAUGGCCAGGAGACUGACAGCACUACAGGAAGAGCAGAAGGCACACCAAGCUGUGCUGAAGCAGCUGCAGGUCUGCCAGGCAGACAGGAAGACGAUGCAAGAGGACUUGCACAGAGAGGUGGAACUGAAUCAGACCAUGCAGCAGAAGCUGAACCACCUGCAUGGCACACUGAGGCCCUUCUUCACCUGUCCCUCACAAGGCACCUGCUGUAUGGUGGGCUGGAUACUGAUUCAAAGAAGAUGUUUUCACAUCUCACUCACUAAGAGAAAUUGGCAGGAAAGCCAGAAGUAUUGCAAAUCUCUGUCUUCUGACCUCACCACAUUCACAGACUCUCCUUCAAGGUAUUAUUCAGAAAGUUCUUCCUGGAGGAGCUUAUUGUCGCAGUUAUCUGUGGAUACUGCAUAUUGGGUUGGGCACAACUCAAACAACUACAGGUGCUCCAGGUUAUACCAUUAUGACCAAUAUUGGCACCUGGAGUCAGGGGUGUGCAGUACCGCUCUUCCCUGCAUCUGCGAGAUGACGUCUUUUAGGUUUCCUGAUAUGGGUUAGCACUUUGUAGAAU